CACGUGACGAACUGGAGCAGGGAGACGCGCGUUUGUGUUUACUUCCCACCACGUGGAGAAGACGAGAUUUUCGAUGUAAAAAGGAGCAGCUCCAGAACGGAAAGGACGAAUAUGGAUUUUCUCUUCAUGUUUUGUUGGCUCAUCUUCACGUUUAUCGUUUCCGUAGAAAGUUAUAGAGACAACAAUGUUUCUGAUAACCCUUCCAAGUUAACGAUGUGUGUGGUUGAAAGCAAACAUACUGCGAAGAAAAUUCGUUUGCUUUGUUCGAAACUAGCUGCGCAGCAUAGUAUAAUAGCAUGUUCCGUGGGAACCGAUAGGUUUGAUUGUAUACGUCAAGUAACUGAGGGCAACGCACAUCUAACCGUAGUAGAACCGGAAGAUCUCUUAGCGAUAAGAAACUACAACUUGUUCGAUGUUCUAGUCACAAAUGAGUUAAGACUCUUAAAAAAUGAAGAGCGACGUUUUGCAGUAGUGGUCAUAGCGCAUAAAAGCGUGCAACGCGCAUCAGACAUCGAAGGCAAACGAUUGUGUCAUCCUGGCAUCGCCACAGUCAAUGAUUGGACCAAACCUUUGUCGAUGUAUUUCGAGAACAUGUUAAUCAGCAAAGAGUGCAGAUCUAAUGUCACGCUGCUCGAAAACAGAUUGCACGCUCUGUCCAACUACGUCGAGAUAGGUUGCGUCGCUGGUCCGUGGUCAUCAGACAAAACUUACGACUUUUACUUGAAAGCAACAUACAAGAAUCUCUGCGACGCGUGUAAUAAUCCGGCCGGUUGUUACAUGACCGACAAAUAUUACGGACGACAGGGCGCUUUAUUGUGUCUCACUGAUAACGUGGGCGAUGUCGUCUGGGCCAGACUAGAUGACGCAAAGGUGCAUUUCAAGGCCGAGUCAGUUCGUAGAUCAGAUUAUAAGUUUCUGUGCCAAGACGGUACCACGAAACCGCUCGACUUUAACCAAAUCUGCUCGUGGAUAUCGAAACCAUGGCCGGUUGUCAUAGCUAAAAAAACGGUUGCCGAGAAUGUCGCUAACACAAUGAAUCACAUUGUAGACGCGACGAAUCGUAGUAUCCCCUGGGUGCAGAGUGUGUUGCAGUUGCUAGAAGACUAUUACAUCGAGUCAGACUCACUGCCCGAGAUAAUUACAAUUGCCGAUUAUUUAGAUCGAUUCCCGAAUUUCCUGAGCGCUUAUUUUCGAUCGGAUUGUCAACCUUCUAGAGGGAUAGUAUGGUGUGUAUCAUCUGCUCUCGAGAAGCGUAAAUGCGACUGGAUGAAAGCGGCCGCCGCUGCAUACGGGGUGGAACCGACGAUCGAAUGCGUUCUGAUGAGCAGAACAAUGUGCAUGGAGGCCACGCAAAUUGCAGAAGUAGACAUCUUCAUGGUGCGGCCCGAGGAGCUCCUUCAGGCUAGAAAAAUGAAUCUCAAACCUAUCAUCUCCGCGACGACGAACACGAAGAACGGUAUGAACAGAAUCGUGGCAAUAGUCAAGGAGAAUUCCAAGUUUAAGACUAUAUUGGAUCUUAAAGGCGCGAAAGCGGUCUUCACAGGCUACAGGAGUGUUGACUGGAACAUUUUCGUGAUGUAUAUGAAGAACAAUUUUAACGAAAGUUGGGACUGUUCGGACGCGGUGGCUGUUUCGAAAUUUUUCAGUCAAGUCUGCGUCCUCGGUGCAAGAAUUUCAAAUCUUCCAAACAACUUGUACUCCUUGUGCAAUUCCGCAAUGCCCACGGCCAGCGAUUUGACCGCCUUUACUUACUUGACUUCUGAUGUUGUCGACGUUGCUUUCGUCAAUCUAAAAGUCAUAGAAAAUCACACGCAAGCCGGUGACUUUUAUCACGACAAGUUUGAUUAUACGAUCGUGAACCGAAUGCCGAAGUACAGAACAUUAGGCCUGACCGUGGCGGACACUUUGAAACAAAAUACUCCGUAUCUGCUUGCGUGGUCGUCACUCGGCUCGAUAGUAACGUAUGAAAAUAUCACGAGUACAAGACACUUGGAGAUCUACGCGAUGCUGACCGAAAUGGACAAGCUGUUCGGAGAAAACUUCAACGGAAUAACACCCGCAUUCUCGAUGUAUGGGCCAUUCGACAAUAAGAGCGGCGUUAUCUUUCCCGAGGACACACGCUACUUGGAGUUAAAAACUUAUCAAAUGAUAAAAUCUUUCAGCUACGACACAAUAGUAGAGAAUAUUGUGAAACAGCAGUAUUAUUGCAACUCAGGAAGUACAAAUAUAUUCUAUUUCUUAGUUAUUUGUCUCUGUAUGAUGAUAGUUGAAUUAAUUUAGAGAUUAAUCCAACAUGUGUCGAACCGCCCGUUCGGUAGACAUACACACAGUAUAAAUAUAUAUUAUAUAUACAUAUAUUAUAUAUAUGUAUAUAUGAGAGAUGUGUUUGGUUUAAAACAUAUAUAGAUAAGUAUAUAUACUUAUACCGUGAAAUCUAUUGAUAAAAUAGUAUAAGAAAUAGCGAAAUAAAAUAAUUAUUCCGCGUGAUAUCAUGUAAUACAAAAAAAAAAAAAAAAAAAA